ACUUCACGCAAGUUCGACUCACGUGUAGCAAGAUGGCGGACAGACAACAUGUGAAACUUGGGUUUCAAAGGCUCUAGUACCUAGUAAUUCAUUGCCUAAAAUAUCUUAUAAUGCUGUCAGCAAAUGCAGUGCCGUGUCACCAAUUGGAGGGUCUUAAAAUUUCACUGUAUUCUCGGGAAGAAGUUCGAAAACUAAGCGUAAAACGAAUCACAAAUCCGGAGACGUUUGAUGCUUUGCUCCAUCCUAACCAUGGCGGCUUGUACGAUCCAGUUUUGGGACCAACGGACAGGGAUGACUUGUGUGGAACUUGUGGACAGAAUAACUUCAGCUGCCCUGGCCAUUUUGGUCACAUCGAACUGCCAUUACCCGUCUAUCACCCGUUGUUUUUCAAGAUGUUACUGCAAGUUCUUCGUUCGUCUUGUUUUUGCUGCCAUAGGAUGUUAUUGAGCAAAUCUGCCAAGAAAUUAUUAGCUAGUCAAAUGAAGGUCCUUGAUUAUGGUCUGAUCUCUGUAGCUGAGGAGUUAGAAGAAAUAGUUAAGAACGUCUUAUCAAAUGGUGCUACUGAAAAAAGUGGCAAAGAUGCAAUGGAUGAGAACUGUGUUGCAGCCCUGAACAAGCAUGUAAGGACCGUCCUGCAUGAAUUAGACAAAAGUGAGUCACGGAAGAAGGCAAACUCUAUGAAUGUCACAGACUUUCGCCAUGCUUUAUUGAAAAAAUUCAGCAAAACGCAUCUGUCAACAAAGAGACGUUAUUGCUCCAUGUGUAAAGCGCCAUCAAGGGAUGUCCGGCAUGAGUAUAACAGUCGGUUGUACUUAAAGCCUCUACCCAAUAGGGAGGCACAGAAGUGGGCUGCUACCAAGGUGGCACAUGCCCACCUCACCCAGCUAGAAGAGCGUGCCAGGAAGGACAAGGAUGAAGAGUUGCUGACUGGACAGAUGAAAAAAAGUAACAAAAGCUCAGGAGUUAAUGAAGUGCUGGAUUCACAACAAGAAGUGGCCAAGAGUCUGAAACAGACCUAUUUGACACCAAAAGAAGUCCUUGAGCAUCUUGAAGAGGUUUGGUCCAAGGAUGGGGAGUUCUUGAACAUCCUGUUAGGAGGCUACCCUGCCCCUAAUGCCAGGCAUAGGGCUUCUUCCGCUGAUAUGUUCUUUGUUGAAGUCUUGCCAGUUGUGCCCUCCAGGUUUAGACCACUAUCUGUGCUGGGAGAGAAGAGAUUUGAGAACCCACAAACUGCUACUCUGGCCAAGGUCUUGAAGGAUAUUGAGCUGGUUGUGGAGAAUCUUAAAGGCCUAGAUAAGAAACAUGAGGACCUUCCUCAGAUUGCAGAAGAUGAACCCGAGGAACAGGAAACAAUGAAGAAACCAAGGCGGAAAGGAAAAAAUGCACCAGUAACUGUAGCUGGGACUACACCAGUGAAGAGGCUUCACAAUGCCUGGUUAAAAAUGCAGAGUGAUGUUAAUGGAGUCAUGGAUAGCGACCUUGACAAGUUAUCAGCUAUAAAGUUUCCAGGCAUCCGACAGUUGCUUGAGAAAAAAGAAGGUUUAUUUCGCAAACACAUGAUGGGGAAACGUGUGGACUAUGCUGCAAGAUCAGUCAUAUCCCCUGACCCAUACAUUAACACAGAUGAAAUUGGUGUCCCACAGGUUUUUGCUAAGAAACUUACAUACCCCCAGCCUGUCACCACAUGGAACGUAAAGGAGCUUCGUCAGGCUGUGAUCAACGGGCCACUCGUCCACCCUGGUGCCAUUCUUGUUGAAAGCGAGGAUGGAAAGAAAAUAAGACUCAGUGAGACAGAUGUCAAUCAGAGGCAAGCCAUCGCAAAGAGACUGCUGACCCCCUCUGGGGAUAACAAGGGCUCACAUGUGAAUUGUAAAAAGGUAUAUCGGCAUAUUCAGAAUGGAGAUGUGAUGUUGCUGAACCGUCAGCCUACCCUGCACAGGCCAAGCAUUAUGGCACAUAAGGUCCGAGUUCUACCAAGUGAGAAGACUAUACGCCUUCACUACGCCAACUGCAAGGCCUACAAUGCAGAUUUUGAUGGUGAUGAGAUGAAUGCCCACUUUCCACAGAAUGAGCUAGCAAGAGCAGAAGCUUACACGAUAGCCAGUACAAACUUCAAUUACCUGGUUCCCAAAGAUGGCACCCCCCUCAGUGGACUGAUUCAGGACCACAUGGUAUCUGGUGUUCUCAUGACAAUCAGGGGGAGGAUGUUCAACAAACUUGAUUACCAACAACUAGUCUAUGGGGCUCUGAACUUCAAGAACCAGCCUAUUGAAUUAUUGAUGCCAUGCAUACUCAAGCCAACACAAUUCUGGUCUGGAAAACAGGUUAUCUCCACCAUUUUGUUGAACCUCAUUCCAUUGGGAAGUAAACGACUUAACCUUAAAGGAAAAGCCAAGAUUUCUGCCAAGAACUGGAACACACGAAAACCCAGAAGGCAGUUCCUUGACUUGGAAGUCUUAAAAGGAGAUGACAUGUCAGAGUCUGAGGUUGUUAUUCGUGAUGGCCACUUGUUGUGUGGUGUUCUCGACAAAGCUCACUAUGGGAACACACCCUACGGAUUGGUUCAUUGCUGUAAUGAGCUCUAUGGUGGUGUGAUGUCGGGUGAACUAUUGUCUGCACUAGCGAGGGUAUUCACCUCGUUUCUCCAAUUCCACGGCUUUACACUUGGCGUCAAGGACAUCCUGGUUACGGAGAGAGCUGAUAAGAUCCGGCGCAAGCUUAUAGCCAAAGGGCGUGUCUCCGGCAAAGAUGCCGCUACCUCUGCGUUUGGAAUGCCUGAAGACUGCCACAGGUCAGACCUGGAGGCCCGCAUGCAGAGGGCUCACCACAACAGCGAUGGGACAGACAUGAAGGAGCUCGACUUGUGCAUGAAGAAGAAGACGGACCAUUACCAAGACUCGAUCAACAAGGCAUGUCUUCCUCUGGGACUUUACCAGAGAUUUCCAGGUAACAACCUACAGCUGAUGGUACAGUCUGGCGCUAAGGGGUCAGCAGUCAACUGUAUGCAGAUCUCGUGUUUACUUGGUCAGAUUGAGCUUGAGGGGCGAAGACCUCCCAUCAUGCUCAGUGGCCGUUCACUGCCGUCAUUCUUGCCCUACGACACCAGCCCCAGAGCCGGAGGCUUUGUGGAUGGGCGCUUCCUGACAGGAAUCCGGCCACAGGAGUACUUUUUCCAUUGUAUGGCUGGAAGAGAGGGCCUGGUUGAUACUGCUGUCAAGACCAGUCGCAGUGGCUACCUUCAGCGCUGCCUGAUCAAACACCUGGAAGGACUCCAGGUCGCUUAUGAUCUGACCGUUAGAGACAGCGAUGGCUCAAUUGUGCAGUUUUACUAUGGGGAAGACGGCCUCGAUAUACUUAAGACAAAGUUCCUGUCGGACAAGCAGUACCCAUUUAUGGUUGAGAACUACAUGGCAUUUCUGCAACAGCUGAACCCUAAGGAUCUUCUGGGACAUCUGAACCCGGAUAAAGCUAACAAGCUAGAAUCUAAGAUCCACAAAUGGCAGAGGAAGCAUCCAUCGGUUGAUAAACAGAACCGGACCUCAGCGUUCCUCGCGUUCGAGGCGGACAACUUGGAGGAAGUGCAGGGCAAACACGACACGGUACCUGAAAAGUUCGGCCGAUCAAAGGCCCAACUCGAGCUGUUCAAGAUGUGGACUGAGGCACCAUCGUCAGUCAAAUCCAGAUAUAGCAAGUUGUAUAGUCGUUGCCCACCACCUGUCCUGUCCAAACUCCGUCCGGACCGGUCAUUUGGGGCAGUGUCCGAGAAAAUAUCUCAUACCAUCGCCAAUUAUAUCAGGACAAAUCCAGACAAAUGUCUUCAGGACGACGGAGAUCAAACAAGCAGCAAGGGUGUUAAGGCAAGCAAGUUCCGAAGUCUGAUGUACCUGAAGACACUUCGCUCCCUGGUAGACCCUGGAGAGGCUGUGGGGCUCCUUGCUGCUCAGUCCAUCGGGGAGCCUUCUACUCAGAUGACGCUCAACACCUUCCAUUUCGCUGGUCGUGGGGAGAUGAACGUUACGCUGGGGAUACCUCGGAUGAGGGAAAUCCUGAUGACCGCCAGUGCCAACAUCAAGACUCCCACUAUGGACAUGCCUCUACUUGCCGGAAAGAAGGUCAUCAAGAGAGCUAAGAAGCUGCAGCAGAAACUGAACCGCGUCAUGUUAUCACAGGUCCUCCGAUCGAUCGAUGUUUGGGAAUCUCUUUCUCCGAAAGAAUCAGGGACUCGAAUGCGCAGCUAUCGAAUAAAGAUGAAGUUCCUUCCAAAGUCUGUGUAUGAGGACGAGUUUUACUGUUCACCGGCGAAGAUCCUGCACUAUGUCGAGACAGUGUUCUUCAAAAAGCUGAUCGCCGUCGUGCAGAAGACAGUGCGGGCGAAGCAGAGCCAGAGGUUGGUUGAUACAGCAGAUGAUAACGCGCCAGCCCCACCUCCCGCGGAAAACAACGAGGAACCAGAUGACGACAAUGAUAACGCAGAGUUGUCUGGCGACGAGGGAGAAGAUGGCGCGUACGAUGUCAAGCAGAGAAAGAGAUUGGAACAGCAUGCAUCGUACGAGGCACCAGAUGAGGAUGAGAUGGAGAUCGAGAGAGAACUACAAAACGGACUGGAGAGUGGUGACGAGGAUGACACAAAAGCCGACGCACAAAGAAGUGAAACCAACUCCCCGACUUUAGAUGUUGAAACUCAACAGACUGCCGAUAAUCCCGCUAUGACAGAGAAGUCGAAGAAGAAACCCAAACCAAGCGCGCUGGAAGGCAGCAGAGAGGACCGAGUCGUCAGCAGUGAUUCUCACAUCGUGUCUUAUCGGUAUGACAACGAGGAGGAGCAGUGGUGCGAGGUCGUCAUCAAGUUCCCAGUGUUAAGGUGGAAAGUACGAGUGAUGAGCAUCGCCGAGCGGCUAGCCAAGCAGAGCGUCGUUCACGAGACACCAGGGAUAAAUAGAUGCUUCCUUGUCGAGGAGAAGACGAACUCUGUGCUGAAGACGGAGGGUGUCAACCUACAAGUUGCGUUCCGCUACCCUAACAUCAUUAAUGUAGACAAGCUUUACACGAAUGAUAUCCAUGCCGUCGCGCGCACUUACGGGAUCGAGGCCGCCGCGCGCGCCAUAACAAAGGAGGUGAAGAAUGUGUUCGGAGGGUACGGUAUCCACGUGGACCCACGUCACCUUACCCUCGUCUCAGACUACAUGACUUACGAGGGGAAAAUCAAAGCCUUCAACCGCAUAGGCAUCGAGUCAAGCGCCUCGCCUUUCCAGAAGAUGAGCUUCGAGACCACCACGCACUUCCUCCGCGGAGCGGUGCUUUCAGGGGACAUGGAGAGUCUAAAGUCUCCCUCCUCGCGACUCGUGGUCGGACGGGUAGUCGGCGGAGGAACGGGUAGUUUCGAGUUAUUACAGCCCCUGUGUUGACCCGUUUAUCAACUCGAUCCUUUAUGGGUAAUUAUUUCAUGGAGAGCCUCAAGUCUCUCUCCUCGCGACUUGUGGUCGGACGGGUGGUUAGUGGAUGAACGGGUAGUUACAGCCCUUGUAUUGACCCGUUUAUGAACUCUAUCCUUUAUAAGUUGCUAUUUCUUUACACAUUGGGGAACAGCGAAAGGAUAGUUUUCACUUGUCAGUAGUGACAUGGCUUAAGUAGAAAAGUAUAGAUUGAUUUGUUGAUCCAAUGACUACUUGUACCCUUAUAACAUCAUUUUUUUAUGCGAACACUAAUCGGGUGCAGCUUUAUACGAUACCUUUUUGUGCCAAGUUUAUGGGACCGCUAUCUCGAACCCUAAGGUUUCUAUGCAUUUCCCAAAUAUGCCAUAUUCAGAGAUAGGUGGUACCAGUUGACUAAACUAAACAAAUCACGUCCAUCCUUACAUUGGAGAAUUUCUGUCCUUUAGUCUGCUCGUCCAAUUGGGAUGUGAAAUGUAUGUCGAGGAAUGUCGAAGAAAAUAUUUGGAAUAAAAGCCAUUCUCAAACUUUGAA